UCACCCCACAAAUCUAAAGUAAUUAUGAUAGAUAGAUAGAUAGAUAGAUAGAUAGAUAGAUAGAUAGAUAGAUAGAUAUGCAAAUAAUCAUACACCAUGAUGAUACUGAUAUUACUCAGUACUAGUAACAAGGACAACCCUCAUAGUUUUAAAUAACAAAGCAAACAGUGUAAGGAAAGCUCCUGUGUGCCAUUGAGGCGGGGAUAAGCUGUGAUGAUGUAACAGGAAGCUACUACACUGAAUAUCUUACAGCCUGACAGCCGUCGUCAUUCACGCGCUGCGCGUCUCAGGCGCUCUUUCAUCUCUGAUACUGUUACCUAGUUUCAUUCCGUCGUGACGUCGAGAAGGAAAGUAAUGACUGUUUGUGUUUUUAAAUAACAAGACGACGCAUUCGUUUUUAUCUGAACAUCUGCAGAACACCUUGGAUUUAAUCUACAGAUCAAUAGUGGGUCAUUGCAAAUGCCAAAGAAGAUGACAGCUAGCUGCUGGACGAUCUGUCUGUUUCUGCUGGGAUCUGCCACAGAGUUCAUUGUUCUAGCCAGUCCUGAGGUAAACGAAAGCCAGCAACUACAUCCUCAAAAUGUGUACCAUGACAUCGGAGUUACCAGAAACAAGAUUGUGACGGCACAGUUCGAGUGCUAUCAGAAGAUCAUGAAGGACACCAGUCAAGACAGAAGAGUUGGCCCCGUGUGCAAUAGGACGUGGGAUGGAUGGUUGUGUUGGGAUGACACCGAGGCCGGUGUCACUUCUGAGCAACACUGCCCGGACUAUUUCCAGGACUUUGACCCUACAGAAAUGGUCACCAAAAUAUGUACGGAAAGCGGGCAGUGGUUCUCGCAUCCUGAGAGUAAUCGCACAUGGACGAAUUUCACCAGAUGUAAUUUGCACACUAGUGAAGGACGCAGGACCGCAAUGAAUUUGUUCUACUUGGCGCUAAUAGGUCACGGGCUCUCUUUAACAUCUUUGUUCAUCUCGCUAGGCAUAUUCUUUCAUUUCAAGAGUUUGAGCUGCCAGAGAAUCACCCUGCACAAAAACCUUUUCUUUUCAUUUGUAUUAAACUCUAUCAUCACGAUCAUUUGGUUAACAGCAGUGGCAAACAACCAAGAGCUGGUUCAGGAAAACCCAAUCAGCUGCAAAGUAUCACAAUUUAUCCAUCUGUACAUCUUUGGAUGCAACUACUUCUGGAUGCUUUGCGAAGGGAUUUACUUGCACACACUCAUUGUUGUGGCAGUUUUUGCUGAAAAACAGCAUUUAAUGUGGUAUUACCUUCUUGGAUGGGGUUUCCCACUUAUACCCGCUACAAUACAUGCCGUAGCCAGAAGUUAUUACUACAAUGAUAAUUGUUGGAUCAGCUCAAGUACUUCUCUUCUAUACAUUAUUCAUGGUCCUAUCUGCGCAGCACUGCUGGUAAAUUUGUUCUUUCUGCUGAACAUCGUUCGAGUUCUCAUCACCAAACUGAAAGUGACGCACCAAGCAGAGUCUAGUCUGUAUAUGAAAGCGGUCCGCGCCACCCUCAUUCUGGUUCCACUGCUGGGAAUCCAGUACGUUCUCCUCCCAUACAAACCCGGGGAACGUGUUUCUGCCGAAAUCUACGACUAUGUCAUGCAUAUCCUAAUGCAUUAUCAGGGACUUCUGGUGGCCACGAUCUUCUGCUUUUUUAACGGUGAGGUCCAGGCUGUUUUGAGAAGGCACUGGAACCAGUACCGCAUACAGUUUGGGAGCAUCAUACAGUCUGAUGGUCUGAGAUCUGCAUCGUACACCACGUCCUCCAUUACAGAGGUGCAGGGCUGUUACAGCAUUGACGGCCACACAGAACACUUGAAUGGCAAAAACUAUCAUGACAUUGACAACAUCAACUUAAAACCAGAGAACCCCUUUGCCUGAUGCCACUGAAUGUGGCAGUAUGCCGCUUAAGAAAAAAAAAAAUAUAAUAAACUGUUGACUACAGCGACAGCUGUCACAUGGCUGACUUGGACCUUUUUACCCCAUAAUUCACUGCUCAUACUCUCUGAAGGGUGGAGAAAAGGCAUUUCUCCUAGAAUUUACACUGAAAACAUUUUACUACCUUCAUUUAAUGUUAAAUGGACAAAUAUAAGCAUUACUGGCCUUGUCUUUGUACUUUGCAGUAUUUUAGUUGGCUCGACUGCAGUGCGCAGUGGAACUGUGUAAAUAUUUAGCUUUUUUUUCUUUUAAUAUUUUUUUUUUUUUUUCAGAUUUCAUGUGUAAUGCACUUCUUUGUCUUAUAUUUGUCCCUGUGAUAAAAAAUAUAUAUAUAUGAACUGUAUAUCUAAUCAAAAUCAUGACCACACUGAGAAAUGUAUAUUUUUACUAAAAAACAAAAUUAUAUGUAGUUGAAACACAAAAAUUGAAAAGUGCCCAAAAGCCAAUGCCACUUUUCUCAUUUAUAAUAAUGAUUUAAUAAUUUUAAUGCAAAUCUGUUCUUUUCCUAUGCAGACAAUAUUACAGCCAAUAUAGACAAUUGUUGUCUUUGUUAAUCUGGACAAGAACUAACUUGAAACUUUGAAGAUUUAUAAUUUUUAGUAUACUCAAGUUUGGAUUCAAAUACAUCCGUUAACCUGAUAGCACACGUACGUCACAAAGACGUCUAUUUCACAUCUGCAAGAUGUAUUUUUUUUUUAAUGUUUGCUCAUCUGCAAUACGUCUAUUGGACGUCUCCUAUCAGAUGUCAAAUAGACGUCUAUUAGAUGUCUUUAAGAUGUUUAUGAUUUAGAAUGCACGUAAAACUGACAUCUGAAAGACGUCUGUCAGACGUUUGUACACAGCAGAUGCUUUCCAGAUCAAGAGAUCUUUAACAGACAUCUUGCAGACGUACGUGUGCUAUCUAGGUAUUUGACACAAAUCACAAACAUAAUCAUUCAUAAACACCUGACCCCUAAAAAUGACACUGGAGAUUGGACCACAAUUUAUGUAACAUUUCUAGGUUUAGUAAGAACUUACAGUACGAAAACAAGCUUACCACUUUAAGAUAUAUUUCACAAAUUACAUGCUUAUUUUCCACAAAUUAAUUUAUAUGACACAUGCCACAUUUUCAAGGUUUUGACUUCAUAUUUCUUGUAGUGCUCUCUCUUCAUGUAUACGUUUCUUUUAAUAUGUGGCUUUUGUAAAAUAAGGUACAAUAACCCGCUACCUAGUGUUACUCUGCAACUUUUCCUUUAACAUAGCAAAAGUGGAGUUUUUCGAGAUACCGCUCUCUUGUGUCAAAAGCAGGGAUUCCUUUCACCCACUCUACCUAAAUUCAAUUACAUUCCAUAUGAUUUGAAUAAUGUGCCCAUUGUUUAUUUCCUUUAAAUGUCACAGCGUUAGCAAAACUCACUCCAUUUUAGACUUCUCUGACAAUCAACAAGAUUUCAUAAUGCUUUAAGGAAUAGUUCACCCAAAAAUGAAAAUUGUCUUGGUUUACUCACCUUCAUGUCGUUCCAAACUCGUACUGUAUGUAGACUCAGAGUAUUUCCAAUGAAUCUCAUGCUUCUCUUUCCAAUAAUAGCUUAUAGUGGCCACAUCUGUCAAAACAACAUCAUAAAUGUAUUAUAAAUGCAACCCAUAUCUGACUCAUGCAUUAUAUUCUAAGCUUUCAGAAAGCAUAAAAGAUUUAAAUUUCAAUCUGUUCGCUUUACAUGACAAAUAGAUUAAAUUGCAAACCAUUAUUCACUGUGAGUUAAAUUAUUAUUUUGCAUCGGUGAUGUUUUCACAAAUAUAUGAAAAGCUCCCAGAUCCGGUUGCAUUUGUUUUUUUGUGUGAACUAUUCAAUUAAUUCCAGCUUUUGUCUGUAUGCAUAUUUAAACAAAAUUGUUGGCAAUGCUACAAAUGCGGGAAUAUGCUUGUAUUAAUUAUGUAAAUAAUAUAUUCUUAGCUGUAAUCACAUUUGAAUAUUUUAUAGGGGUGUGCAUAUCAUCGCUUUGUACCGCUGAUGUGAUUUGUGUGCAUUUCUUCCACCCUGAACAGGAACGUAACUCAUUCUGGGUUUGGAACGAAUCAGUAUUAAUAUUGCAAACCACAGCACUUCACAGCAUGUAAACAAAUGCCAAUCAAACAUCCACUGUAUCAUUUCAUCAGGUUUUCAUCAUCAGACUCGACGCAAUAUUCUUUUUCUUGAAUGUCAUUCAGUUUUAAUGAAUGUGUGCCAAUUACUGUUGCUCAUAAUGCUUUGUGAUGUUUUUUCGUUGUGUUGUUAGUUAUACUUUGUGUGUUUCAGUGAAAACAAAACAAUUGCUGCAGGGCGGUUUCAUACGUUUCAUACACAUAUUUGCUUGUCGUAUUUAAGGUUGUACUUUGUGUGAAAGUAAGUUUUGCUUUCCGAGUUAUCAGAAUAGUUGUAUUGUGUAUAUGCUGCACUUAAAUUCAACCACUUCUAAUGUUCUUUUCUGUAUGAAUGUAAUUUGUCUCGUUCUCUUGAGGUGUAUUCGUGUAACAUUUAUUUCAUAAAAUGUGGGCAGUGUUGCAAUCAUGUGUAUUGUAUUAUUCUGUAAUUAUAGUUGAUUAUUUCAAGUGUCCA